UCGUUCUUUCGUUCUUUCGUUCUUUCGUUCUUUCGUCAUAUAUUUAUGCAACUUAUUUGUUUGCUCAUAGCUUGACCAUUCGGUUGACGCCAAAGCCAUCGAGCCACCAGACAUCAACGAUGCAAAAUAUCAUUCCAGUAAGAGCUGGUUUGGUAAACAAGUCGGUAAAAUUGAAUUCGAGGUUGAUAACGCUAAGCACCAGCUGAAAACGAAGUACAAAAGGGCUUACGAUGUGUUCCAGCAAGUGAAGACAUACUUUAGUAUAGUAACUGGUUAUGCUGGAGCAGCAUAUACGAUUUACCGUGUGGUCGACAAGUUUAAGCAAUGCGACACGGCGUAUGAAGAAGCCGAGAAGGCUGUCAAGGAAAUGAGGAAAGCCAAAGAGAAGAUGGACGAGAUAUACGACGCUACGGUUGCAGCAAGACAACAGAUGUAUGAUGCACGUGACUUUUUGAAGAGCAACCUGACCGAAGGAGUCUUCGUAGACGACCUCACGGAGCUGAAGGACAAUCUUGAUCUUAUCAAAGGUGAUGGUAUUGAUCAACAAUUCCUAGACGUGCUGGCCGCCAUUCACAGAUACGUCACGGAGGCUCCCAAAUCCAAAGAUUCUACUUUUUACAAAACAGAGCGGCUCCUGCGAAUGUUGUAUGAAAACCUUUAUCAGCUUCCAAAGUACUAUAACUGCUAUACUGAUAAGGUAGCAGUAGUAAGGUUGACAUUCUUCUCAAAAAGUGUGAAGUCUGCCAGGCUGUUAUAGAUGGUGUUUGUUUCAUGAGGAAUAGAGGGAUUAAAGAUAAAGACAUCCAUGAAGAACUCUACCCACAAUAUACAUUGAAGGAGAUUAAAAGCAUCAAAUGCUCCUAAUCUAAAGUUGAGUGGUGAUGCCGGAGAGAUGAUGCUGAAAUAUAGGUUCCUGGAUCUAUAAACCGUCGAAUGGUUCCAUCCAUAUAUAUAUCAUAAUUAUUUCAAUGAAUUGCAUGCGUAUUUCAAAUAAAUAAAAGUCUUCACUCAUC